AUGGCAGUAAAACAUAAAUCCGAGAGCCUUAAGCACGAAGAGGGGGCUGCCAAAAAGGCAAAGACAGGCCUAUUGAAGCUAAAAAAAAUCAUGGAUAUAGAAUCUAAUGUGGUCAAAUAUUCCAUAUGCAUACCGACAACUGUUAUCGACAAUUGUAAUAAUUUGGAGCAAGUUACAUUUACUGCAUAUCAAAUAGCUCGGACAGCUGUAUUGUUCAAUGUUCAAGAAAUCAUAGUUCUAGACCAGUCAAAAGAUAAAAAGCAUGAAAAAAAAUCAAGAUCAAAGGAGACUAUCUCUGAUUGUUUAUUACUUGCCACACUAUUACAAUAUUUUGUAACGCCUCCAAACUUACUGGAUACUACAUUCAAAAAAAAAAACAAGUUAUAUUUAAAGUGUGCAUCUACCUUUCCGCCAUUGAACCAGCUACCUUUUAUGAACGCAUCUGCCGAACAACACUACAAGGAAGGCUUAUCAAUCGCACGAGAUAGCUCAAAAGGUAAAUCUGAUGAUGCUCUAACAAAUUUGGUGUAUAUAGGAAAGAAUCAAAUUAUUACGUUAUCUAACCAAAAUAUUCCCAAUACUGCGCGUGUAACAGUUGAUACAGAGCGCAAAGAAGUAGUGUCACCCAUAGAUGCUUACAAAGGAAAACCACUCGGCUAUCAUGUUCGAAUGGCAAGCACUUUGAAUGAGGUGUCCGAAGGUUACACAAAGAUCGUUUGGGUCAACAGUGGUGACUUCCACUACGACGAAGAGUUGUCAAAGUACCACAAGGUAGAAACAAAGCUACCAUACAUCGCAAAACUGAAAAAAAGUUCAACAUCAGAAAAACCCUGUAAUAUCCUGCUUAUCUUCGGGAAAUGGGGCCAUUUAAAACGUUGUUUCAGGAGAUCUGACUUAGAAUCCUCUUCUUUGCAUCAUUACUUUUCUGGUCAACUGCAAUUCCCUGCUUCCGUACCCCAGGGAAAUAUACCCAUUCAAGAUAGCCUACCCAUAGCUCUUACCAUGUUUCAGCGUUGGGCAAGUUGA